CUUUGAAAUACGCGUUGUUUAUGAAUUAUUUACAUAAAAAUAUACAUUUAUUUACACAAAAUGGGCACGCAAAAACCUGGAGAAUGGGCGAAUUCGCUAAUAGCCAGAUUCGAAGAACAACUGCCAUACAAGACCGGUGCACAGAAUCUACACUCCCGAAUAAACGAGGAGCAAUGUAAGGCCUGCCUCGUCCAGAUUAGCAGGCAUCGCUUCUGGCUUGUCAUCGCCGGCCUCACGAAGAUCCUACAACGAGUUAAUGAGCUGUACCAACCAACCAUAUCCUCGGGUGUGAACCGACCGCACACAGAAUUAGAAAAAAGCUACGCAGACAGUCUAGUCAUAGUGCUAGACACGCUGGAGAUAUGUCUCAGUUCGCAGCCGAAAGAUACCACCAAAUUCGACGAAGCAAUGAAUGUGAAGAUAUUGCUGCGAGAAGUCUGCCAGUUUAUUGAUAUGCGAAAUGAGAACACAACAAGCAACACGUUACUACGGCAGCUCGCGAGCAAAGUGCUCUUCGCACUGAGUCUCAACUUCUUCAAUGCAGUUUUCAAUAGAAUCAGUGCCCGGUUACAGGAAUUGGCUUCAAGCUCCGAAGAAAACCCCGAUUAUACAGACAUCGAGUUAAUACAACACAUCAAUGUGGACAUUCUUCGGCUUAUACGGCUAUUAACAGAAUCAAUACAAAAGUUUAAGUUAUUAAGAAAAUCAGCACAUAUUGUUUUGGUAUCGUCCUUAGAAAAAGCAAUAUGGAACUGGAUGGAUACAUACCCCCAAGAAUUCGCAGAAGUCCAAUGCCGGCCUAACGAAGACCUCAGCAAAUGCUGCGACACCCUUUUCGACAUUUUACAAGAUUGCUUCUCGGACAACAAGAAGUCUAGAGUCGCGAUGUGGCCUCUACAGAUCAUGUUACUAGUUCUUAACCCCAAAGUCUUAGAAGAAAUAGUAAAUGCUGAUAGCGGGGCUCCUUGCAGCCCGCGACACACAAAGAAGAAACAUUUCGUCGAUUCUGUGAAGAGGGGGCUAAGCCCACAGAAUAACUCCAAACAGAUGACAGAAGCGGCAGUCGUGACUUGUGUCAAACUGUGCAAAGCAUCUACGUACCUGAACAUCGCUGACAGUGGCAAUGUCACUUUUGUACUCGUCAAAUCAGUCAUUAAUGAUCUCAAGUCCCUCCUCUUCAACCCGUCAAAGUCCUACGUGCGAGGCAGCCUGAUCUCCGGCUAUUCAGAACUGGACCUGAUGACGGAUUGCUUCGUCUCACUAUUCCGCAUUAUGCCCCACACCAAUGAUGCUAUUAAAGUCUGCCUCAACCUUAACACGCAUAUAUCCUACCAUUAUGUCAUCGUCAACUCUUUACUAAGGAUAAUAAAGCAGCCGCGACUGCCGUGGUGGCCUCAAAUAGAGUUGCUAUACCCCCGAGCGGCUGAACUGAGGGCUAUGUUCACAGACACGCUCAAUAAAGCUACGCAGGGUUACAUAGUCCACACGCCGCUCCGUAUGAUCUCCCGCUCGCUGAAGUCCAAAGAGGUGCAAGCCAAGUUCAACAAAUCUGAAGAAAUGCCAGCGUACAGAAACCUGUUACUGUGUAUGGUGCGGCUACUGCAUGCGGAUCCUAUGCUCAUGCUCAGUAACCCCGGCCGCUCAGGAAUGGAGAUCCAAUCCUCAACCACCGAACUAAUAAACGGCCUAGUAUCCCUAGUCCACCAAACUGGCAUGGGCGAAAUAUCACAAGAGGCUAUGGACGCGUUGCUAGCGUUACAUAGGCCUGACAGAGUUCAUAUGUGGAACCCUGAGGCACCGCUUAACACUUUUUGGGACAUAAGCUCCCAAAUCCUGUACAACAUCAGCCAGAAGUUGAUCCAGCGGCAGAUCGGCAACUACCGCGAGGUGCUGCGGUGGCUGCGCGACAUCCUGACAUGUCGGAACGAGUUCUUGGCCAAGCACAAGGAGUACGCCAACGUGGGCUCGCAGAUACCCAUAUGCAAGCAGGCGCAUAUCAAGCUAGAGGUGGUCUUCUUCAUGUGCCUCUGGUCCAUAGACACGGACGUUGUGUUGGUAGCCAUGUCCUGCUUCGCUCUGCUCUGCCAGGAAGCGGAUAUCCGCUGCGGAGCCGAUGAGAUCACCACUCAAUGCCUGCUGCCCAACUAUGCUGUAUUUCAGGAGAUCGCUCAUACAUCCACUGUGCUUACUACCGGAACACCUUGCCCGCACUGCGUGAACGGCGUCCAACCGGUGUGGGAGGAAACAUUUCGAUGUUGGGAUUCCCUCUGUAAGCUCCUACAGAAGUACCCCAAAGGGCAAGGGGACAGGAUGGACGACUGUCAAAUGGAGGCGAUACACAGGGCGGUCGCCAAACGCAGGGUUUCACAUCACAGCAGCAGUGAACAUGACUUUGAGAUGCAGAUACAAGAAUGGGCUAACAUCACGUCGUUCCUAUGCGCUCUCGGUGGCGUGUGUCUACAGCGGCGGCCGUCCACCGUCUGGUCACAUCUUCACGCUCACGAUUCGAGGAAAUAUAACGUACUGGCGAACAGCUCACAAGAAGUGCAGUACUGCCCUGUCACACAAUUCAUCGGUCAACUCCUCCGCCUUUUGCUAUGUAGCAACGAGCGCUUCGGCCAACAGAUCCAGAGCCACGUGAAAGAGCUAGUCGGCCACGAAAUGUCACCGGCCUUGUACCCGAUACUCUUUGAUCAGAUCAAAGCCAUUAUUGACAAGUUUUUCGACCAGCAACAGCAGGUAAUGCUGACAGACAUCAACACACAAUUCGUGGAACAUACUAUAUUUAUAAUGAAGAGUAUUCUGGACAACAAGAAGACUGGACAACCUUCCGAACACCUUAGCACUACGUCUAUAGAGGGUCUUAUGCUGGCUAUAGUCAGAUAUGUUCGUCACUUGGAUAUGACGGUGCUAUCGGUGCACAUCAAAACGAAGCUGUGCCAAGUGGUCGAAGCUAUGAUGAGGAGGAGGGACGACUUAGCGUUCAGACAGGAGAUGAAGUUUCGAAAUAAGAUGGUGGAAUACGUGACGGACUGGGUUCUCGGCACCAGCCACCAGAUCGCGCCACCGCUGCGCGCCGACGCCUCCUCUAUAUCCAGAGAGCUGGACCAGGCGUGCAUGGAGGCGGUGGCGGCGUUGCUGAAGCAGCUCCCCCUGCAGCCCGAGGAGUCUGACCGGGGGGACCUGAUGGAGGCCAAGAGUCAGCUGUUCCUAAAAUACUUCACCCUAUUCAUGAACUUACUGAACGACUGCAACGAAGUGGAGAUGGCGGAAGGGCCGGGAAGGCUGGAGACUUUAAGGAACGCGACCAUACAGGCCAUGUCCAACCUGCUGAGUGCCAAUAUAGACUCGGGACUCAUGCAUAGCAUAGAUCUGGGUUACCACCGAGACUUACAAACCCGAGCUGCCUUCAUGGAAGUCCUGACUAAAAUCCUGCAACAAGGCACAGAGUUUGACACCCUAGCGGAGACUGUCCUGGCUGACCGCUUUGAACAACUAGUGCAACUGGUCACCAUGAUCUCGGAUAAGGGCGAGCUUCCAAUAGCAAUGGCGCUAGCCAACGUGGUGAGCACGUCCCAAAUGGACGAGCUAGCGCGCGUGUUCGUCACUCUCUUCGACGCUAAGCAUCUACUGGCGCCGCUGCUGUGGAACAUCUUCUAUAGAGAAGUUGAGGUCUCAGACUGUAUGCAAACCCUUUUCCGUGGCAACUCCUUAGGGAGCAAAAUCAUGGCGUUCUGUUUCAAGAUUUACGGUCACGGUUACCUGGUUUCCCUGCUGGAACCGCUGGUUACCGCGCUUUUGGAGCAGGCUGACCAACCGGACCUGAGUUUCGAAGUGGAUCCUGCCAGGCUGGACCCAUCGCAGGACAUCGAAGUCAACCGCUCCAACCUCAUAGAUCUUACCAAAGAGGUCUUCAACAGGAUCAUCAACUCUGCAGACAAAUUCCCCCCGCAGUUGAGGAGUAUGUGCCAUUGUCUCUAUCAGGUUUUGAGCAAGAGAUACGCGCACAUACCUCAAACGAGCGUCGGCGCUGUAGGCACUGUCCUGUUCUUGAGAUUCAUCAAUCCCGCUAUAGUGUCACCGCAAGAGAUGGGUAUAGUCAGCCGUCCCGUUCCCCCCACAAUCAAACGUGGUCUCAUGCUGAUGUCAAAGAUUCUGCAGAACAUCGCCAACCAUGUUGAAUUCUCGAAGGAGCAGCACAUGCUGCCUUUUAACGAUUUCUUGAGGGCGCACUUUGAGUUGGGGCGCAAGUUCUUCAUACAAAUAGCAUCAGACUGCGAGAGCGUGGACCAGACAUCGCACAACCUGUCCUUCAUCAGUGACGCAAACGUGGUAGCGUUGCACAGGCUUCUGUGGAAUCAUCAGGAGCGAAUAGGGGACUACCUGUCGUGCAGUAGAGACCAUAAGGCUGUGGGACGACGGCCUUUCGACAAGAUGGCAACAUUGCUCGCUUACUUAGGACCUCCAGAACAUAAACCUGUCGAAUCCACUUCGGGCCUCCUAUUCUCCUCCUACGCGCGCUGGUCAUCCAUAGACAUGUCCUCAACCAACUUCGAGGAGUUCAUAGUGAAACACAACAUGCACGAGAAAGAAGAAUUCAAGAGCAUAAAGAGCUUGAACAUAUUCUACCAGGCGGGGACUAGUAAGAUCGGGAACCCUGUGUUCUACUUCAUCUCUAGGAGAUACAAGAUAGGAGAGGUGAAUGCUGACCUGCUGAUAUACCACGUGAUUUUAACGCUUAAGCCGUUCUGCCAGCAACCCUUCGAGCUCAUAGUCGACUUCACACAUACCAACUCCGAUAACCGGUUCAGGACGGACUUCCUCCAAAAAUGGUUCACAGUGCUACCCGACGUAGCAUACAUAAAUAUACACGCCUGCUACAUAUACAACUGCAACAGCUGGGUGCGGGAGUAUACCAAGUUCCAUGAAGCCAUACUGGCGCCACUCAGGGUUCAUCCGGAGACCAAUUCGCGAUUAUCGCAUACGCCCGGCGCUACCCUUGCCUUAGAAGAGGACCUAAAAGUAUUCAGUAACGCGCUGAAACUGUCGCAUAAGGACACUAAAGUCGCUAUAAAGGUUGGACCCACGGCUCUUCAAAUAACAUCGGUUGAGAAGACUAAAGUUCUCGGUCUACCCGUGCUACUGAACGACGUAUAUUAUGCUUCAGAAAUCGACGAGGUCUGCCUAGUGGAUGACAAUCAAUUCUCCCUCUCAAUCGUAAACGAGCCGACGCCACUGAGCUUUAUACACAACGACUGUGAUAAUAUCGUGCAAUCCAUCAUACAUAUAAGGAAUCGAUGGGAGCUGAGUCAACCGGACUCAGUGACAGUACAUCAGAAGAUUCGUCCGAAAGACGUACCUGGCACUCUUCUCAAUAUGGCGCUGCUGAACCUUGGCUCCUGCGAUCCUAACCUUCGGACGGCCGCAUACAACCAGCUAUGUGCGCUCACUGCUACCUUCCAUUUGAAGAUUGAGGGACAACUCUUGGAGACCUCAGGCUUGUGUAUACCUUCAAACAACACCAUCUUCAUCAAGUCAGUGAGCGAGAAACUAGCGCACAACGAACCGCAUCUCACUCUCGAGUUCCUUGAAGAGUGUAUUCAGGGAUUCCGUGGGUCUUCGAUUGAGCUGAAGCAUUUAUGCUUGGAGUACAUGACACCGUGGCUAGCCAAUUUAGUCAGAUUCUGCAAACCAGACCAGACGAGACCAGACGAGUCCCGCCGCCAGAAGCAGGUCGCCCAGAUCCUGGAGAAGCUGAUCACCCUCACCAUCGAGGAGACGGAGAUGUACCCCUCCGUGCAGGCGAAGAUCUGGGGCUCCAUCGGCCACGUGCCCGAGCUGAUCGACAUGGUGCUCGACAGCUUCAUACAGCGCUCCGUCAACUCCGGUCUUGGUUCACCAAUGAUAGAAAUAAUGGCGGACACAGCCGUCGCCCUGGCAUCUGCGAACGUGCAACUAGUUUCUAAGAAGGUCAUCGGCCGAAUGUGCAGGGCGCUUUCAAAACUGCCCAAUAAUGCCCUGGGCCCCGUUACCCCGGCCACUGUGGUGGACAAGACUUGUCAUUCGCCGACGCCCGUGCUAGAGAUGCAUAUGAUGUGGGGUGACAUUGCUAUAUUGGCCAGAUAUUUGUUAAUGUUAUCCUUCAACAACUGCCUCGACGUGACGCGCCACCUGCCCUACCUGUUCCACACGGUGACGCUCCUAGUGUGCUCAGGCACCGUGUCCAUGCGCGCCGCCACACACGGGCUGGUCAUCAACAUCAUACACUCGCUGUGCACCUGCAACAGCCCGAGUUUCUCCGAGGAAACCCAGCGUGUCCUGAUGCUGUCCCUGGAUGAAUUCGCUUUGCCCAAGUUCUACCAGAUGUUUGGCAUUUCCAAGGUCAAAUCUGCCGCCGUCACCGCGUUCAGGAGUCCCCAUAACCGCCACCCUGAUAAGGAAUGGUACUCCGACCACUCAUACACAGCCUGCACCGAAUCCGGUACUUCAUCCAGCAGCGGAGCUCUGCCCGCCCCUCCCCCCCACUCCGACCGCGAGCGCCUCCCCCUACAGUCCCUAGAGACCAUCACCGACGCAUUACUCGAAAUCAUGGAGGCUUGCAUGAGAGACAUACCGCACUGCGAUUGGCUGACGACGUGGACUUCCCUGGCCAAAAGCUUCGCUUUCUGUUUCAACCCAGCCUUGCAGCCGCGCGCUCUCAUCGUAUUCGGGUGUAUUAGUAAAAACGUAACGGACGAUGAUAUGAAACAGCUGCUUCGUAUCUUGGUUAAGGCGCUCGAGUCUUUCAACGACUUGGCUCUCUUAGAAGCUCUAAUCAUGUGUCUGACGAGGUUACAGCCACUUCUGCACCCGGAAUCGCCGAUCCACAGAGCUCUAUUCUGGGUGGGUCUGUCCGUGUUACAGCUGGAUGACCCAACUUUGUACGCGGCUGGGUUGUCUCUGCUGGAACAGAACCUGCAUACCCUGGCACAGGGACAGUUUGAGCAUAAGACUUUAGAGCAAGUGAUGAUGGAGACGAGAGAACCGCUGGAAUGGCAUUUCAAACAAAUGGACCACGCUGUAGGGUUGAGUUUCCGCUCAAACUUCCAUUUCGCACUGGUCGGGCACUUACUUAAAGGCUACCGGCACCCUGCGGCCGCGUCGGUGUCGCGCACGUGUCGCGUGCUCGCCGCCCUGCUCGCUAUCACCGCGCGACACGCCGACAAGUUCCACGUCACGCAUCCCACGGUCGCCUACCUCACAGCACUGGUGUGUGUGAGUGAAGAGGUCCGGUCGCGCUGUCAUGUGAAACACUCGCUUCCAAAAUGGCUGCCCGACAACUGUGACCACUACUGCCCUACCAUUGACCACCAUCAGUCCUCAAUGCUGAUCCAGCCUUCUACCUCCAGCAGCUCUUGCCAGAGUCGUCGGCAGAAGUCCUGGGAUGUACUGGACCAGGCCGCCAUAUCGUCAGCGCAUGGUGGUAAAUCGCCCACAAUGCAACAGUCAACAAGCGGCGGUCACAGCCCCCACUUCAUCAACAUGCCACAUCAGGACAGCGAAGGGCGCGCCCACAGCAUGCAACACGGGACGUCAGGGGACGCCGCUCGCGCCGAGCAGGACGCCGAUAGUGGAUUAGAUGUGGUGGAGGACGAUGGACGUGGAUCGCCGGGGAGCACGGACGAGGCGACAGAAAGGCCGUCGUCCACCAAAUCGGGGGACAGCGACUUUCCCGAGAAGGUUAGCAAUCAAGUAUCGACGGACAAAGACACCACUAGUCCUGAGAGCAACAGUUUAUUGGACCCGAGUGUACUCUCCGACUUCACGACGCAAGCGCUGGUGCUGACUGUACUCGCCACGCUAGUCAAGUACACUACAGACGAAGAUGAAAUAAGGAUACUAUACCAGUAUUUAGCGGAAGGCUCCGUCGUUUUCCCGAAAGUAUUUCCCGUUAUCCAUUCUCUCCUAGACAUGAAAAUAAACCACGUGCUAAUGCAUUGCCAUGACCAAGUGAUCCUGAGCGCGGUGCAGUGUAUCAUACAAAACAUGAUCGCGUCUGAAGAUGCCAGUCAACAGCAAUUGCAUUAUAUGCAAAGCUGUGGAUUUGGCGGUCUGUGGCGAUUCGCUGGACCGUUUACUAAGAUCCAAUGCACAGCGGAAAGCAGUGAGCUCUUCGUCAACUGUCUGGAAGCGAUGGUGGAGACAUGUCUACCGGGCUCAGAGCAUGCUCAGGCGAGAGCACCACCGCCAGACCCUGACCGGCAGGACACAUCAGGGUCGUCACACCGCCCGCCACCAUCGCUUUAUUGUCCAGGGCAGGACCCUUAGCAGAACGAGAUUUUCUGUAAUGAAACGACAGUGUUGUAACGCUGUCGAAGACAACGUUAAACUGAAUACCGACCUCAAGAAAAUUUGCUUUAAUAACCCUGUUUAGUAUUUAGAUUUUAACAUGUGCUCUAAAUAAUAACACCAUUUUAUUUAUAUUGAGAAUGCAAAAUGAAAUUAUUUAUAGAUGAAGGUUCAAAUGGGGUUCAAAUUACGAUAGUAGAUUGUGUUACAAGGGAGCAAAAUUAUAUAUUUACAGCGAGGCCGUAGAUUGAAUCCUGAACGAUGCGAAGGAUUCUUAGAUUUAACCAUGAACGAACCGAUUUUAUAAUUGAAUCCUGAGCGUAGUGAGUUAACGCGUAGUGAGUUAAAG